CAGGUCCUGACAGGUAUCCUCCGCCAUUACGCCAUGACGCUCCUCCAAACCACGCCCAAGAAACAAGACCUUCCCAAAAUCCGCCAACAGCGCUCCCUCGUGCGAGGCGUUAACCUGCGCAACAACGCCAAUGUGCUCUCUCCCGCCUCUUUCCAGGCCCGCAAAGCAUACAUGGUGCAGGCGUACAAGGACGGGACAUUUCUGGCUGAUCCGGAGGGGAGGGGCAAGCCCAGGCCGAAUCCUAUGAGCGAUCCGGCGGCGAUGGAGGGCAUGAUGGGGAUGAUGAAAGGAAACAUGGCUAUGAUGAUUCCACAGACACUUAUCAUGGGGUGGAUCAAUGCUUUUUUCUCGGGAUUCGUUAUCAUGAAACUACCCUUCCCGUUGACGCCACAAUUCAAAUCGAUGCUGCAAUCCGGAGUAGGAACUCGUGACCUGGACGUCAGAUGGGUGUCUAGUUUAUCCUGGUACUUUCUCACCCUGUUCGGGCUACAGCCCGUCUACAAUUUCAUCCUUGGGAGUAACAACGCUGCGAACCAAGUUACGCAACAAAUGGGUAUGACCAACCCUGGCGCCGGCAUCAUGGGUCCGGAGCAAGAUCCCGAUAAGCUGUUUCUGAGUGAAGCCGAGAACUUGGAGGUUCUAGAGCAUCGGUGGAUCCUCGAAGGAAUCGAGGAUCGUCUGAUCACUAAGUUUGCGACGUGAGGACCAGCGCGCUGAUGGCGUCCAUUACUUAAAAUACCACAUCCAUGUCGAGGGGGUUGGUGUACCUUCUUCAUAGCUGCACAGUCAAGAGGGGUUCAGGUACAUGCCGAUCAUCCCGCGCGACCAUCCGCGCAAGGGCUACCUUUGCAGAGUCGGCCAGAAGAUAGGCGGUUUUUAUGACAGGCCUUCCCCCGUUCUUAUGGUAGCUCUGGUAGUAUAAUCACGGAUAUAUACGGGGCAGCAUGACAACACAUGUCAAGCAGUCAGCAUUUUC